AGCGUCUCUAGUAUUACCCAUUUGAAUAAAAAUAUAGCAUAAUAUUCACCUUAGUAGAAAAGCUUAUAUCGCCUAGUCAGAGUAUAUGGAGAUGAUACUGCUAAUUUCAUAUUGUAGAGAUAUUCUACUUUAAGAAAAUGAGUCAUUUCACUGUAUCUAACGCAUGUGACAACAUCACUGUGGUAAACAAGCUUUGACACGGCCAAGGAUAUCAGCAACAGCUUUAUUUUUCUUUUUUCUCUUGCCUUCAAUAGUCUCUGAAAGCUAUCAUCAGGUUAGUGAGGAUAACAGUCUGUGAGAAUUUCUUAUAGCUCAAACACUUUAUAACCUAGAAUGAAACAUACUGAACAGAAAAGCUAUUUUGAUGGCGCUAACAUAAUAAAGAUUCCAAUUCUACGGCAAAACUUGAGGCGUACUGCUAGCGAAAGCUCUGAGAAUUCUUCCUUAAAAAGACCAUGUCUUGUACCAGAAUCUCCUGAACUCUUAUACAACAGCUUCUUGCGUUCUAUUCAUGAUUAUAUAAAGGCCACCGUUGACUCCACUACUAAAAAAAGCAAAAAUGUGGAAAGGGAUCUGAACAAGUUGGAACAAAAGUUGCUCAAUAUCAAAACCUUACCAAGGGGUGUCUUGACACAAGCUGCAAUGUAUGCAAGCUUUUUUAAAGAAUACGUUAAAGGAAACUUUCAUUCUAUAGCAAGAAAUUUAAGGGAAGAAGUAACAGAAGGGAAACACGAUGGUACAGAACCCGAGGUUCAUUCUACCGAUAUAGAGUAUAGAACUUGUAGCGUGGCGGUAAACCGAAUUAUCAGAAAAGAUUUACCGCUGGAGAUAAAACAAGCUGUUUUGGAAAAACUUGAGAGCACUCUUACCCAAGUAUCUGAUUACAUUAUAAACAUCACGUUCAUAAUGAAUAUGGUUCUGCUAGAGUUACGAAAUUGUGAUAUGAUCAUACAAGGCUCUUUUAAUAUCGCAAAUAUACUCCCAGAUGGCUUUUUACCCAGUCAAGACUGUACUAUAGAGCAUACCAUUGGCCCUCUUCCCGUAGCAGAUUCUUUUACGAAGGGCUUUAGCAUGCUUAUGGAACAUCAGCACAUUGGUUUGAUACAUUCUUACUACUUUGACUCAGUUGGUGCGAAAGAGACAAACCUAAACAAGCAUCCGGCUCAGAUGGCCAUCUUCAUGGCCCUAGAAUCAUCUGGAAUAGAGCGAGGCAAGUUUAAAGAAACAUCAUUAAAGUCUCAUGAAAUGGUAAAUGCUCUUGUUGAUGUUACUACAAACAUGAAAAAUAUGUGGAGCACGCCAAAAAUCUUCUAUGGCUUGAUGAACAGUUUACUGGAUGUUUUGUUACGAGUACAUUUGGCGCCUAAUCGAGAAGCCAAAUACAGAAGCUAUAUCCAGAAAAGAACAGAAGAAAGAUUAAAGAAAGACUCGCAACAGUCAGUAGACGAUAACAGCAGGACAUCUAUUUUUGCCAAUCUUCCUAGGAAUGCAAGAAAGAAUAUUGUACGAGACGAAGAAUACAAGGAAAAAAAGCAUGAAGCAAAAAUAAAAAGAAAGUCUGAAGAAGCUCACAAAUGGAAAGCUAAAGUCGAUACGUACCAAAAAAGGAUUGAUGGAUAUAAAAUGGCUGUUUUGGCUAGGAAAGUCGAAAGGAGCAAUAUAGUAAGAACUGAGAGCACUGUUGCAGAAAAAAGUCAACUCGCCAAUUUAACAAGAAGGAGAUUACGCUGUUUAAAAUCUGCUCUGAAAAGCCUACUUCUCAAUGAUAGAAAAGACGCAUUCAGUAUCGACGACCUGAAAAAGGAAUGUUAUGACGUUGAAGAAAAAGAAGCAUAUCCUUGCCUGUUGAUUUUGAAUGCUUUGAAGCCGUAUAUUCCAAAGAAAGGACGGUUCGUCAUAGCUCAUCAAUUACCAUUUUGCAUCCUAGCGAAUAAUGCUCUUUUGUAUGUUGGCUACAAGAAGUUUUACAGAAAGUUUUGUCCGCAGCCAUCUGGUUCUACAUUACAUGCCUUAAGAAUAGACGGGUCAUCGUUGUAUCAAAUAUUGACCAGACUUCCUUGUGCAUUGGCAGUAUUCAAUUAUGAUAACUAUCUCAUAGAAUCGGUUGAAGAAGCUCGCCAAAAUAAGGAUGCUGUUUUUAGCGCAUUAUUUGAUAUGAAUGCUAUAAUAAUGACGUGCAAGCCCAAUGGUCUAGAGUUUGCUCAAAAUAUAACACUGUUGCCUGGAGUAAAGACUGCCCACUUGCUUGGAACAAAGGAUGCUGUGGGUGAUCCAAACAAUAAGAAAGGUCCCGCCUCAUAUGAAUUGACAGAUCAUCCGAUUGUGGAAGAGGAAUCUAAAAAUCCAAAAGAGACUCUUGUGCAAGAAAUCCAAGGCUUGCAAUCUGAAGUC